AUGAGUCAGAACAUCUCCCAAACUCCAAGCAGCUGCAUAUAUUUCGCAUGUUGUAGCCUUUUGUGUGUUAUUCGGUUCGUUACAUUUAAAUGUCAUGGAGAAGACGGCUUUUUUUCGUCUGUAAGGCAUCGCUCAGGGUUUAACUGUUCCCUAUAGUUAACUGGUGCCGUUCGGUUUGUUGUAGCCAUAGACUGUAUAUGUUGUAGCCGUUUGAUUUCAUUAGUUUCGGUGUUUUAGUUAGAGUUUCUUCCUUUUUACGCCGUUGUGACUGAGUGGGAGGCUUCGUUGGCUUCCAGCAAUGUCAAGUUGCUCGACUGUCCACUUAAGUUUACCGCAAUGGGACGGAGGCUCCCGAAAAAUCCGCUUUAUUUACUUGGUGAAUGUGACAUCGUUCAGGCUGACUGAGUGUCCCAACGAGGGUCCAGUGAUUCCUCUCUACUUGGGAGCUGAUCUUCUGUCCAACACAGACAUCCGUACAGAGAACCAUCCCCGAUACCAUGCCAGGUUUGCCAAGAAAGGACUUGCCACAAAAAUACAUUUUUCUUCAGCAUUCAGGUUCAAUGGGUUGAAGGUGCCUGCUGCAAAUAACAGCUUGUGGUUCUACAGCAUUCAAGGACUUUUCCGAGUUGCCUUUGAAAUAUACAGUAAGACAGAACAACUUGCAGUGCUGGAGAACUUCCAGGUACAUGUGUGUUAUGACGUUUGGAAAUCACAGAUAAAUGACAGCCCUCUGAAAAUGAGCUACAGCCUCAGUGUGCAGCUCGACGUUUCAGCGUCCCUCGGCCAGCGUGACACAGAAUUAAGCAAUGAAAUGUCACAGUCUGUUUUUUGCCAGGCAGACAGGGAAAUGGUGGAUGUGCAUGGAGGUGACACAUCUAAAACAUCAGCAGAUCACGAUUACUGUUCUUCCCCAAAGCAGAGUUUGCAAACCGAGCAAAGCCAACCUCUUGUAUCCUCAGUGAGACAAAAAUUGCACAGCUUGGACGACCAACUCUCCUCUGAACCUCAAAGCUGCACAGAGCAGCUGGAGACUGUUUUGCUGCUUUUGGAAAACAUCAAUCAGUACUUAAAAGGGAAUCUAGAAGAAAAGGAUGCGACUGAAACUGUGCUAGCCCUGCUACAGGCCAAAGACUGGGGCUCUGUGUAUUCAAGCUCCCUGCUUAGUUGUGUCGGACGUUGGCUUGGGCAGCAGUUUCAUGCAGCCAACAGCAGCAUCAGCCAGAAAGUGGAGGGCUUUAAAGUUCAGCAUAUUGAGCGAAUUAGUGACUUGCCACCCGCUGAGGAACUAGCCACAGAGCUCUUCCCUGAAGCCAUGCAAACACUGUUGCUUCACUGGAUGGGCUUAAGUGAGGAGUCCUCCCUGGAAAAGAGGCGCAGCGAAUACCCAAUCCUGCUCCUCAUCCUCGAGUUUGCAAACCAUAACCUCAUCACUGGUGUGGCUCAUGUGCUGUAUUCCAGUCUCAUAUGCAAGUAAGAAUGGACUUUACUACAGGUACCAACAAGAAGACCUGCUAAUAACCUUCAUGACUUUUGGUGUUCUAAUAAAUGUGAAUUUCUGUGUGUAAAGUUGCAACUUCUUCUUUGGGCUGGUCCGUUUUAUUUUUUUGCUGUACAUCCUACUACUGUCGGGCUUGAUAGUAGUUCAAUAUGGUUAAUAAAACACUAUAAUUAUUCAAAUA